AUGACCACCGCCGGUCAACAUCUUACUGCCGAAUUCGAAUUUCCGGAUGAUCAUUCAAACCACACUCGACCUCCAUCUUCUUGCGCCUCAACUAUAACUGAGAAGUACAUACCACCGGCGGUUCCUUCGCCUCCGCGAUUGUCAAAUCAUCACCUACCUCCCGAACAACCUUUCGGUCAAACAAAGCACGCAUUGGUAUCAGAAAUGCCGACUAAAGUUCCCGAUCAAUGGCUCUUCACAGAGGCAGAGCUUAAAGCCACUCCAUCUAUUCUAGAAGGUCUCUCGCCCGAGGAAGAGCGUAUUCGCAGAGCAAAAGGUGUUUCUUUCAUGUCAUCAAUCGGGAAUAUGCUACACAUCCCUAUGACCACUGUGAGCGUCGCAAGUCUUUACUUUCAUCGUUUCUAUAUGCGCAGAAGCAUGGUUUUAGACAAAAAGGGUUGCACCGGGAUUCAUCACUAUGAAAUUGCGGCGACAGCUUUAUUUCUCGCGACAAAGACCGAAGAGACUAUACGGGGAACUAAACAGUUCAUUUUCUCCUGUAUCAAGAUUGCCCAGAAGAACCCGAAGCUCGAAGUCGAUGCCAGCUCUAAAGAAUAUUGGCGAUGGCGUGAUAGCAUUCUAAUGUAUGAGGAGCUUAUGUUGGAGUUAUUAUGUUUCGACCUUUCUGCGACAUCUCCGCUGAAAUACCUCGUGGGUUUCUUUGAGGAAUUUACAAAGGUGGGUGUCGAGUCUGCGAUAAUCAAAGAACUCAGGAAUUAUACAUGGGCAUUGAUCUGCGAUACCCACCAUUCAACUCUAGGUCUCAUAACAAGCCCUCGGAUUAUUGCAAUCACAACUCUUCUAUUCGCCGCGACUGCUAAAAAAUGCGAAAUUCCCCAGAUAGAGGGUAAAGACUGGUGGGAGCAUCUUGAGGGUACUGAAGCUCAAAUUGUUGAAGCUGGACUAAUAUUGCAUAAAUUCCUAAGCAACAGUCCUUUUCAGAUCACAGACCAAGACCAACCCGGCAACACGGCUGCCAAAUACCUCCAUGCUUCAAGUGGGAAAGAAGAGCAAAAUGGGGCCGGUACUUCCAUAAAGUCUGAGCGUACUCAAAAUCAAAAUGGCAACGGCCAUGUUCAUGGGAAUGGAACAAAUGCUUCGGAGCACAAUUCCCAGUCAGACCCUGAAUCUCGUGACAGUCAGCCCAAAGAAAAGGUUGAAGAUAGUCAGCUAGAUAGCAAGCCAUACACCUCAACGGCUGUUAAUUCUCGACCUUCGCCUACCUCUGGAACAGAUGAUGCUCCUUUAAAAGCAGCCGCCAAUGAUCUUUCGAGUCAUGACCAAAUCACAUCUACAAAUGAUGUUUCGUCAAAUAUCGAUUCUGACAUGAUAGUCAGCCCAAAACGUAAGGCAGAUGAACAAAUAGAAGAAGUGCCGUUAGCGAAGCGAGCAAGAAGAGAAGAUACUAGCUCCGAAACUAUUGCAGCUUCAAACGAUGGGAACACACUACCGGACGAAAGUCAAGAUACUAUACAAAAUGACAAAGAUGAUGCACCCAAAGACAACGAACUUGACUCCGAGGUUGAAUCCAAAACCGCUCUGGCGGCAACUGAGGCCGGGGCUGGUACAGAGGACCAGCAAGAAGAAGGAGAGGUGGAGCAAUAA